AUGUUCAACGUCGAAAGAUGCGGUCAUCGGUUUUGCAUUAACUAUGUGAAACAACACAUAGAGGUGAAGCUGGUUGAUGGCAAGAUACCUAACUGUCAUCAACACGGAUGCGUCUUCCAUCUCUCUAUCGACAGAUGCGGCGAUCUUUUGACGUUCAACGAAAGAUCGGUGUGGCUGCAGAGGAUUAAAGAGAACUCGAUUCCUUUGGCGGAGAGAGUCUAUUGCCCUUAUGAGAGUUGCUCUCACUUAAUGUCCAUGACCGAGCUUUCUCGUAGGGGAUCGUACUCUGGAUUCGGGAGAUGCUUUAAAUGCCAUGGGGAUAUCUGUUUCCACUGCAGAGUUCCAUGGCAUUUUAAUUUAUCGUGCAACGAUUACAAGAGGCUGUUUCCUAGUAAGUAUCGAGAAGAUGGUGUUGAUGAUGCAAAGCUGAAAUCUUUGGCGAGUCUUAAUGGGUGGCGGCAAUGUCCCAAGUGCUACCACAUGGUUGGACGCUCUUACGGAUGCAACCGCAUAACUUGCAGGUGCGGGAAUGCGUUUUGCUACAAGUGUGGCUACCUAUGGAGGAGACUGCAACCAAGAGUUCAUUUUUGA